AUGUCACAGAUGUUGAAAAAUGUUAUGCUGGUGGGGGCUGGGGGGAAUCUCGGAACACACGUGCUUCAGUCCCUUAUUGAGGCAAAAUUUAAUGUCUCUGUAAUGAGUCGAGCAUCCAGCAAAGCUGCCUUUCCGGAGAAUGUACGAGUAUAUAAGACGGACUAUUCGGAGUCAUCACUUAUAAGUGCACUUGAGGGACAUGAUGCGGUAGUGAGCACUAUUGGUGGCAGUGGACUGAAAGAGCAGCAAAAAAUAAUUGAUGCUGCAAUUAUUGCUGGAGUAAAAAGGUUCAUUCCAUCAGAAUAUGGCAUCGACAUCUGUCAUCCGAAAGCUCUGGAGAUUGUUCCUUUCUUCAAUCAAAAAGAGCAAAUCAAUACCUAUUUGAAGAGCAAGGAAUCUCAAGGCAUUACAUGGACUAGUAUAGCUACGGGACCUUUUCUGGACUGGGGUCUUGGCGCUGGACUGUUUGGAUUUGACUUGAAGAAUCGGGCCGCAACUUUCGUUGAUCAAGGGACUCAGCCAUUUAGCACGACAAUUCUUCCGACGAUCGGCAAAGCUAUAGCGUCUGUUCUUAUACACUCCUCUGACACCGCAAACAAAAGAAUCUUCAUUCACUCGUUCAGGACCACCCAACAUCAAUUACUACAGAUAUUAGAGAGGCAGACGGGUACGCCAUGGAAGGUAAACUAUGUACCAGCUGAUGAAAUGAUAUCUAUAGGGAGGCAAAAGAUGUCAAGGGGA